CGGAGCAUCCAGAGCCGCGUAAGGCUCAGGCUCAGGUGGCUCAGGCUCAACGCGCGGCGGGCGGCCGCGUGUACUCACUUUCAUUUGUCGAUUCGUGCAUUGAUUGUGCGAAACACGUACGAAUAGCAGCGCUGGCGGCGACCAUCCGCUCUCUCAUGCGGCGCGCCGGCUGCGGCGCGAGCGGCCUUUCGAGCGCGGACACCGCGUCGCCGCGGGCGCCGCCGCGCCGGAAGCAGACCUUCAAGCGGCGGUGCGCGGCCUGCGUCGCGCUCGCCGCGCUCGGCGUCGCCGUCAUCGUCAUGCCGCGGCGUACGGUGGACCUCAAACUGGACGCCGCGCACCUGACGGCGCGCCAGUGGCUCGGCGACGCCUACUGGGCCGCGCGGGCCGCCGCCGCCGAGGCCGCGUCGGUCCCGCGCCACAAGCACUACCACUUCAACGGCACGGCGGCGCGGCACGCGUGCGAGCCGCAGGCGCCCGAGCUCGUGCUGCACCUCAAGGUGCCCAAGGCCGCCUCGACGACCGUCUUCGAUCUGAUCGGGACCCUCGCCCCGAAAAACAAGUACCGCGUGAACAACCGGCCGCAGUACCUCGACGCCAAGCACGAGACGCGGUCCGCCCGGGCCUACGCGCGCUACUUCCUCGCGCUAAAGCCCCGGACGGUCCGGAGCGCGCACGGCGUCUACCUGGACUUUGCGCGGCUGCUGGGCCCCGGCGCGCUGCGGCGGACGCCGCCGUGCUAUUUUGGAUUAGUACGCGAGCCGACGAAGCGGCUGCGGUCGCACUACGACUACCUGCACUGGGGCCCGCGGUCGCCCUGGGCGCGGUUCUGGAAGGGCCAGGACGCGGGCGCGCCCCCGUUCUGGGACUGCGUCGAGCGGCGGAGGCAGAGUGGGAAACGAGAAGAAAGCAGGGGCGGCUGCCUCUACUGGGCGAACGCGCAGCUCCAGUACUUCUGCGGCGUCCAUCGUAGCUGUCGGGAGGGGUCCGAGGCGUCGCUGCGGCGCGCGCUCGCGCACGCGCGGUCCGCCUUCGCCGCGGUCGGCGUCGUCGAGGACCUGAAGGGGUUCUUGGAGGUGCUGGAGCGGGUCCUGCCGGGGUACUUCGCGGGCAUCGCCGGAACAUACGCGCGCGCGACGAUCCACGCGCGGACGACGCACCACGUGGAGACGGAAGUCGUCCCGCCGGACGCGCUCGACUUCCUCCGGACCGACGUCCUGAAGUGGGAAUACGCGCUCUACGCCGCCGUCGAGCGCGACUUCCGCCGCCAGAAACGGGCGUGUAAACUACCUUAGAACGGCGUAGCGCGAGAGUUUGUUCGACGCAAAGUCCUCGCCGAACUCGCCCAGGCACACGUCGAUGCGCGCGCGCGGCCCGAAGACCCGGCACUGGCGCACGUGCGUGUCGCGCCCGUUCUGGUGCAUCGACGCCACGCACACUUGCAAGAAGAAGGCCCGCAGCGGCGCCUUUUGGACGCCGAGCGGCACCUGCACCCAGCCGACCGGCUCGUGCAGGUCCACGACCCUGACCUCCACCAAAUCGUGGAACGUCGUGCCCGCCCUUAUCGAGAUUUUCUUGGGGGUGUACGACUCGUCGAGCCCAAAGUCCAGGUAGAAGGCCACCUCGCAGAUGCUCGCCUUCCGCUGGAACUGGACGUUGAUGAGGUGGGGCUGCCCGCCGUCGGACUGCCAGUACGUGUCCGGCGAGCCGUCGCGCAGCUGGUCGACGCCGUUGCCCGGCUUCGCCGUCGAGAGCGACCAGACGGCCUCCUCGCCGAUCUCCCGCCUACUGGAGUCGGUCCUGAGGUGCGGCGCGCCGGUGCGCGGCGCGCUGUCGACCUGGGCCGCCAUGCCUGCGUGUUUUGGCGUGAGCCGUGCUUGGGGUGUUGCUCUCUCUCUAAUGCGUUAGCGGGCCCUCGGCAAACCUUUCGUUUUCGUCAAACAGCCGCGGCGCCCGCGGGAGCCGCGACGGCGCGCGGCGAGUCUUAUAAGAUCAAGUGUUUUUUUCCUCCCCGGGCUUUUGAACAUCGAUGCGGACGCUGCUAAGAUUGCUGGCAGGUGUAAUGGGUUGAGUUGUACCUUGCUAGUGCUGCCGCGAUGAGUGCUAAGUGUGCGAACAAGUCAACUAUGCACAGUAGCCGCUCGCGCCUGCCUGCUGCAUGCGCUCGAAGGCAGCAGCUAGCUCGGCAGUACAGGAAAAAAAACGC